CUAUUUUGGGACAACGUUGUAAGUGUAGUACAUCACAAAUCCCAUUGUGGUCGCUCAUGACCAAGAAGUGUCCGGCGCCGUGGUGUUCCAUGAGCCUCCGCUUUCUCUUGCCUGGAUACAUUCUCGUCGUCGUUCUCGUCAGCAUGACCUUGCUCCGCGCACCCGACAGUGCCGAGGCAGGCCUGCACCUCAAGAAUCGCACUUUCGUCCAGCGGGCGCCGACCCCGGGUGCCACCUGCUGGUUUGACGACCCCAAGACGCAGCGCGUUCCCACGGACGACCUCGAGCACCUCAGUUUCCUGCACGCUGCGUGCACGACCGAGUCGGACGACAUCAUUACCUGGCAGUAUGGCACGAACGCGACCACGGCACCGUACCCGACGCGGCUGCGGCGCGACGACCCGCGUGUGCUUGACGAGCUCCGGCGCUGCCCCGACUAUGAUGUGUUCCUCCCGAGCGGCCUCCGCGGCUCGGGCUACUGCGAAGACGGCUGCGCCUACGCCAAAUACGGUCAAUCGCGCUUGCUGCCCAUCUGGGCGUUGGAAGACGAGUACUUGGACCCGCAGACCAACCGCAAAGUCAAGUACUUCGACUUGUGCCCGCGGACGCCGGUCAUCUUCUUCAACCACUACUGGCCGCCGUGGGAGUGGCCAAAGCACAAGCCCAUCUACCUCAUGCCCAACAUUGAGAUGGGCGAACUCAAGUCGCAGCAGUACUGGAGCGCCAGCGUCGUCAUCUGCAAGUCGCGCGACUGCUACCGCCGCGUGACCAAGUGGUACGAGCAAGAGGGCAAUCCGAAUGGUGCCGCCGUCUUCUAUACGCGGCACACUACCGCCGACAUUGCGGGCCACAUUGCCCGCAAGCUCGGUCCCGGCGCCAUCAAGCCCAAAGACUACCGCAACAACGUUCGGUUCACGCAUUCGGCCGGCGGCAGCGUCAGCAAGGGCACGGACCAGGUCAUUGAGUGCUGGCUGGCACGACCGGAUCUGCCGCCGCUCGACCUCUCAAUGAGUCAGAGUCUAUACGAUAUGGGAUAUGGCGAAAAGUACGCUGAGAGAAUCGCAGCCGCCAAGAACAUCAACUUUCAGCACAGCGCAAUUAGCGAAGAGACGUUUGGGAAGCGACUUGCUGAGACGUCUUUCUUUCUCUGUGCGAGCCGAUGGGAGGGCUACGGUCACUACAUCAACCAGGCGCGCGCGGCCGGCGGCGUCAUUAUCACGACGGAUGCGCCACCAAUGAACGAGCUCAUCGUUGUGCCCGAAAGCGGCGUUUAUGCCAAGACGGUCGUGCAUCACCACCCGCACCAGAUUAUGGGCGGCCGCUCGGAAGGCGAGCACGGACUCCGCGAUGUCAGCGGUCUCCAAGCCGACUACUCACCGGGCGAUCUCUGCAACGCCGUCAACCACGUGCUAAGACUGUCGGGCGGCGAGCGCGAGCGCAUGGCCAAGGCGGCGCAACAGCAGUACCACGACGACACCAAGUUCUUUGCGACGGCUAUGCGCAACCUCCGCGCGUUUGCGCGCGUCCAGCUGCGCUCCAAUACGACGGCCGCCGAGGUCGCGGCCGGCAACUGGCAAGACUCGGCGGUGCUGGACGUGUUGUGCGUGUAA